UUAUUUUGAAAGUCCCCGCCGGAUGUGUGCGUUUACGCUGCGGCCGCCUUGACGCACCGUGAGAGUCUCAAACGAACUCGCACCGACGCGCCGCGACUCCGUCGGACCCGAGCGAGAUCCACGACUGCGAGCUGACUCCGACAUGUUGGGCAGGAGAUCUUUGUUCGUGGCUCUGCUCGCCGUGUCUGUCGGACUUUACCUGCUGCCGUCUCCCAUCGACCCCAAACCACAUGUGCUGAAGGGGCCCCCCCCGGCCCUCGAGGGCCCGCUGGCCGUCAACACCCGUCUGCAGAGCGGCCGCAGGCUGUUCAGCGGACAACUACGUGGCCCAGAAUCCUUCACUGCCGACGAGAACGAUAAUGUUUACACGGGAACCGUGGACGGGAAGCUGUGGAGGAUCGGUCCUGAUGACAGCCUCACGCUCGUCACUCAGAUGGGACAGAACCUGCCAGAAUGUGGCAGCAGCACAGACUACGAGCCCGUGUGUGGUCGUCCUCACGGCGUCCGUCUGGACCGCCGCGGGCAGCUGAUCGUCGCCGACUCGUACCUCGGGCUGCACAGCGUCGACCCGACAACCGGGGAGAAGACUCUGCUGCUGGCGAACUCCCAGGGCGCCGACGGCGUUCCCUUUGCCUUCCUGAACGGCCUGGAGAUCUCCCCCCGAACCGGGGUCAUCUACUUCACCCACUCGUCCAGUCGCUGGGGGCGGCGACACGUCAAACUGGAGGUGAUCGAGCUGAACGCCCUCGGCCGCCUGCUCGCCUACGACCCUCAGACGGGGAGUGUGAAGGUGCUGCUCGACUCGCUCUACAUGCCCAACGGCGUCGUCCUGUCGCCGGACGAACGCUUCCUGCUGCUGGCCGAGACCAGCAUCGGGCGCAUACUGAGAUUUUGGCUGAAGGGCCCGAAGGCCGGCACCAAGGAGGUCGUCAUGGACAACAUGAUCGGUUACCCCGACAACAUCCGCCUCAGCGACCGCGGCACGUUCCUGGUCGGCGUGACGACGCCGCGGUUCCGGAAGCUCACGCCCCCGUUCUUGGAUCUGAUCGCCCCGUAUCCGGCUGUCAAACGCCUCCUGGCCAAGGUGAUUCCCCUGAGUUGGUACAACGUCCUGCUGCCGCGCUACGCUCUGGUGCUGGAGCUGGGAUCGGACGGCGAGCUCGUGGGCACGCUGCACGACCCCGAGGGCCGGCUGACGUGGGCCGUCAGCGACGUCUUCCAGCACCGCGGGCGGACCUACCUGGGCAACACCGACCUGCCGUUCCUGCCCGUACUGGAGAGCUGAUGACGGGGAGCCGCGGCAACGAGACGUAGACGUAGUUCUUUAACUUUUAACUUCUGGAUUUUAAAAAGGUUUUUGUCAGAGUUCACAUCUGGAUUAAUCCUCCAUCGUCCGAGCAACGUUGCUCUGGGGGGGGGGGGGUCCCGAGCGUUCCCGGGCUCGGGAGAUAUGAUCCCGAGCCCGGACGUCCUGCGGGGGAAAUGCUUUUUUUUGGACGCUUGCAUCCACGACCUCAUUCUUUUGGUCACCACCCAGAAGUCGUUAACCACAGUUGUCGGACUAAUCCAAGAAUGUGUGUUAAAAUGGUGCUAAAACGGAUUCGUAGGUGAUUUAUCUGUAACAAUGUACUGACUUCCUGCUGAGGACUUUUAAAAUUGACCCUGUUGAGAUGUGAUUUUUAGGCGAUUUGAAAACUAUGAGAAUGUGAAACUGUUUACACUUUAUUGGAAAGUCAGAUUUUAAAAUAAAUAUUCUGUUAAAUCCACUA